AUGGGUCUCGUUGGCAUCGUGAAGAGGAACGAUUUGGGGCGUCUUCGCAAGUCCCUUGUUGAGAAAGAAUGUGAACAAGGAAACAUUGACCGGGCCCUGUUGGUGGCAAGUGAAGCUGGAUACACAGAGAUUGUCCGCUGUCUAGUGCAAGAAGGAGGUGCCAAUGUGCUGUGCACUACAACCGACAGAAGGGCUUGGAAACAUUGUAAAUCUUAUCAUAGUUAUCCACGUAGGACCGCUCUGGAUCUGGCAACUCAGAAUGGACACUCAGAAACAGCUGCCUAUUUGAAUGAUGCGAUGGGCCUAUUGGCGUUUUGA